AUGCCGGACGUGCACCACUUGAAGCGCCUGGUCCAGCUGACUCCGGUCACUCUGGACUUCUGCAGGUACGGCGCAAACUACCGGAAGAGAACAACCAUCUAUGUGUCCGAUGCUUCGAUGCUGUCCGACUUAGAGAAGAAGUGCAAUCAUCGCCGACAACAUCGUAGACUGGGCGCGUGGAGGGACCGCAAGAACAAGAAAGGCAACUUCCCUGAAGCUAAGGCUACGAAGGCUAAGAAGAUCCAGGUCCAGCACCAGGCCACAAAGGAAGCAACCGCCUACCCGAUCGAGCUUUGUGAGAGCUGGGCCACCUGCGUUGCGCAGCAUAUCCAAUAG